GUCUGUCGGGAGAGAGACUGGCGAGGAAGGAGACUCUCCUCUCUCUCUCUAUCUCUCUCUCUCCGUGUCUGCGUGUGUGGGUUUUCAGGGAGCGAAGCUUCCAGAGGGGACGAAGAGGCAGGCGAGUCGGAGACAUUCUAACCCCCAAACCUAACCGCUUACCUCACCGGUGACUGUUCUUUCGUCUUCCUCCUAUCGCGUCCAUGGGUUUUGACGGGCAGUAGAUAGUUCGAUCGAGGCAUUACGGUUCCGAUCGCGAGGUUCUGUAGACCGCCAUCGCUUGCGGCGUAAGUCUUGCUGACGGCGCUGAAACAGAGUUACCUGCUUGCUGACCGCGGAUUUGGGCCGUCCAGAAGGUCGCUGCGAGUUGUCCGGCUGGAUUGCAUCUGCUGGUUUCACGGGGGGUUUCGCUGGAAUCUCUACCGUCUUGUCUGAUCGACCCUGAACAUUUUCUCGAUUCUUAUUUUAGUUCUUUCAGGCGUUCUUUUUCUGAUCAAGAGGGACUAUCUUAUGAGAACAAAUUUUCCGGCAUCAAGAUCGGAGCCGCUAGAUCGAUUUUAGAUACGUCUAACUAUUCGCUUGAUGGGGACUCUGUUUCACAUCUAAUGUUUCGUGGUGAUUUUGCAGAAGCAUGUGCGGUGGUCCAGAGCAUCUGAAAUCAUCGUCGACUGCUUCCUCAUCUUCGUCUUGUUCCUCGUUAUCGUCCUCUUCAGCGCCUUCCUCUGGUGAAAGAGAAGAAAGGAUGAACCAUCUUUCUGUAGAAGCCACCGAAGAUUCGUUCUCUUCCUUGUUUGAGUACGCGGCUAACGACGACAUCGACGCCUUCAAAUGCGUCGUCGAGAAUGAUCCGUCCAAGAUCGACGAUGUCGGCCUCUGGUAUGGUCGCCAGAAGGGAACGAACCAGAUGGUGCUCGAGCAGCGUACGCCGCUUAUGGUGGCCUCUAUCUACGGCAGCAUCGACGUCCUUUCCUUCAUUCUUUCUAUCCCCGGCGACGUUAAUCGUGCAUGUGGCCCGGACAAGAGUACCGCCCUGCACUGUGCCGCUGCCGGUGGCUCUACCAACGCUGUCGAAGCUGUGAACCUCCUUUUGAAGGCAGGGGCUGAUCCAAAUGCCGUCGAUGCGCUCGGGAGGCGGCCUUUCGAUGUGAUCAUGGUUUCUCCCAAGCUCCCCCAUGUAAGAACUGGUUUAGAAGUUCUCCUCUCAUGCGGCUCGACUACCGCCGAUGGGAGUUGUGCUGUGAAGGAAACAAAGGCUGGUUGCGCCGAUCUCUGUAGCUCGUCUCCUCCUCUAUCGUCUUCUCCUGACGGGUGCUCUUCUGCCUCUAUUUCUACGUCAUCCCCGGUGUCUCCAGCUAAAUUCGUGGACCCUGCCGGUAAAGCAUCUUCAGGUGAAUUGUCGGAGAAGAAAGAGUACCCGGUUGAUCCGUCGUUACCGGAUAUCAAGAACAGCAUAUACACUACUGACGAGUUCAGAAUGUUCUCCUUCAAGGUCCGCCCCUGCUCCAGGGCGUACUCUCACGACUGGACCGAGUGCCCUUUUGUCCAUCCGGGUGAAAAUGCUCGGAGGAGGGAUCCCCGGAAGUUUCACUAUAGCUGCGUGCCGUGCCCAGACUUCCGCAAGGGCGCUUGCAGGAGAGGUGACCUCUGCGAGUACGCCCAUGGCGUGUUCGAGUGCUGGCUCCAUCCGGCCCAAUAUCGCACGCGCCUCUGCAAAGACGGCACCAAUUGUACGCGGAGGGUCUGCUUUUUCGCUCAUACAUCGGACGAGCUCCGUCCUCUGUAUGUCUCCACUGGUUCUGCGGUGCCCUCGCCGAGGUCGUCUGCUUCCAAUCUCGACAUGGCCGCUGCCAUGGCAAACAUGAACCUUGGUCCGCCUGGCUCCCCCUCAUCGAGCAUGUCCAUCAUGUCCCCUUUUUCACAAGCAGCAGUGCUCACGCCUCCGAUGUCCCCAUCCGGUGGUGUCGGCCACUCAUCCAUGGCCUGGCCUCAGCCCAACGUCCCCACCCUGCAUCUCCCCGGCAGCAACCUGCAGUCGAGCCGGCUGAGGUCCUCUCUCAGCGCUCGCGACAUUCCCACCGUUGAUGACAUGUCGAUGCUGGAGCUAGAUGCCGCCCACCAGCUCCUAAAUGACUUCUCGUGCAUCUCCGGCCAGUCGCGGAUGGGCUCGGCCGUGGCAGCCGGGAACGGGUCGUCCCUUUCUGCCCGGUCUUUAAGGUGCAAGACUCUCACCCCCUCCAAUCUAGAGGAGCUCUUUGCUUCGGAGAUGUCCUCCUCCCCUCGCUUCUCAGCGGAUUUCUCGCCGCUGAGCCCCCAGGUGCAGUCCUCCCAGAAGGCUGCGGCCUCCGUGUUCUCUCAAAUCCAGCAACAGCAACAACAGAACCAAAUGUUGUCUCCGAUCAAUACGGGCAAUGUCUUCUCACAGAAAUCCGUGGAAUCCCAGCUUAACGGGCAUUCCCUACUUCAGUCCUCUUUCGGGCUCUCGUCGUCAAGUCGGAUGUCUUCGCCGCGCAGCAUAGACGCCUCUGCCAUGGCGCCCCAGUCGCCUCUCGGCCUCCGCCUGGCUGCCUUCGCUCAGAGGGAGAAGCAGCAGCAGCAGCUGCGGUCCCACAGCUCUAGGGAUCUCGGUAGUGCUGCAGCAGCUGCGAUGAUUGGUUCUCCGGUGGCAACAACUGCGGCGACGGCUUCGCCGUGGUCUAAAUGGGGAGCCCCCACCGGGAAAGCAGAUUGGGGGGUACAAGGGGAGGACAUUGGUGCGGGCCGUUUCCGACGGUCAUCGUCGUUCGAGCUGGGUUCGGGCUCGGAUGAGCCGGACGUCUCUUGGGUCCAUUCCCUGGUGAAGGAGUCCCCGGAGAUCAAGGAACCGGGUUCGAAUCCUCCUGGAAAGGAAAAUCCGGGUCAAGUGGAUGCCGGUGUCAUGGAUCACUCUCAGUUGGGUGCGUGGUUGGAGCAGAUGCAGCUUGAUCAGCUGGUGGUUUAAUGGUUUUUUGUGUCCGCCGUAUGGUAGAAGGAAGAAAGGUUGAAACUGACGUGGCAGUGAGUGGGAAAGGAGAUUAGUUGGUGGAAUUAACUACUAUUUUUAAUUAUUACUUUAUUAUUAUUAGUAGUAUUAUAGCUGAACCCUACAACGCAGAGGUUGGAAAAAAGAAACAAAAAAUGAAAGCAAUGGGGAUUGUUGGGAGCCAUCAGCAAAACCCAGAUUCGUCAAAACAGUCAAAGAAAAAAAGGAAGAAAAGAAAAAUUAGGGGGAAAGAAGUUUGAGGUUGUUAGGUUUUCUCCUUUUGUAGGAUUUGUAUUCUUUUUGUCGUCUUUUUUUGGUGAGGCGGUCUUUCCCUCUUGAAGUUUUAUUAAUUAAGCUAAACUCGGCGGUUCGAGAUGGUAGCUCGAAGUCUCUUUUGUAUGUUUUUUUUUUCUUUUGUUGCCCUCCGUUUUCUUUUGUUGUUUCCGUCAGAUGAGCAUGUUAGAGAAAGUGCUGCAACAGUGGGUCAAAGGGCUACUUGUGGAAAGGAAAGUGUGCGUACGCCGCCCUCGCAGGAUAUUGAUGUUGACGAUGAUGAUCGGUUGUUGUCUGUUAAAUACUGUCUUUGGUCAGAAAUUGAUGUAGUAUUGGAUUUUAGAAGUUUAUUAUUAUUUGAUUAUCUUUAUUUAUUUAUUUAAUCUUUCUUUCUGCUUUA